AUGGCAUUGAGCUAUGAAUAUCUUAAGGGGGUAGACUCCAAGUUUCUGAGGAAUAUGCACUUUUCAGAGAAGCACAACAAGAAAGGGCUGAAGAAGCUGCAGACCAACAAUACCAAGGCCAUGAGUGCACGUGUAGAGGCUAUUAAGGCCCCCCAAAAGCCCAAGGAAGUCAAGCCCAAGAUCUCAAAGGGCAGCAGCCACAAGCACAGUCGACUUCCCUACAUAGCUCACCCCAAAUUUGGGAAAUGUGCUUGUGCCUACAAAGCCAAGGGUCUCAUACUCUGCCGUCCAAAGUCCAAGGCCAAGGCUGCAGCCACAGCUCAGGUUCAGGGUCCUGCCCAGGCUUAG